AAGAUCCAUCGAAAGCCCAACCUAACGCAAAUUAUAAAAAUACCAAAUUACCCUUGUCUUCUCUUUUCUCUUUUUAUUUUAAAUUAAACAUAAGCAUAGGAAUCAUCAUCGCGUGUUUGUUUAUCUACCUACACUCUCUCUCUCUCUCUCUAUCUCUCUGCGUGUUUCUUUGUCACAACACAGCAACGGUAAUGGCGAGCUCUAACUUGGAAGAUGUUCCUUCUGUUGAUCUCAUGUCCGAGUUACUUCGUCGUUUCAAAUGUUCUUCCAAACCUGACAAACGUCUUAUUCUCGUUGGCCCACCUGGAUCUGGAAAAGGCACCCAGUCGCCGAUCAUAAAGGACGAGUACUGCUUAUGCCAUUUGGCUACUGGUGAUAUGUUGAGAGCAGCUGUAGCAGCUAAAACCCCUCUUGGUAUUAAGGCGAAAGAAGCUAUGGAAAAGGGAGAACUUGUUUCUGAUGACUUGGUUGUUGGCAUCAUUGAUGAAGCAAUGAAGAAACCAUCAUGUCAGAAAGGUUUCAUUCUUGAUGGUUUUCCAAGAACUGUGGUCCAAGCACAGAAGCUUGAUGAGAUGCUGCAGAAACAGGGUGCUAAAAUUGACAAAGUGCUCAAUUUUGCAAUUGAUGACGCAAUCCUUGAGGAGCGAAUUACUGGACGCUGGAUACACCCAUCCAGUGGCAGAACCUACCAUACAAAGUUUGCUCCUCCCAAGGUUUCUGGGGUUGAUGAUGUUACUGGUGAGCCUCUUAUCCAGCGCAAGGAUGACACUGCAGCUGUUCUUAAGUCAAGACUCGAGUCGUUUCACAGGCAAACUGAACCGGUUAUUGAUUACUAUUCGAAAAAGGGCAUUGUUGCUAGUCUCCAUGCUGAAAAACCUCCCAAAGAGGUGACAUCUGAGGUCGAGAAAGUGCUGUCUCAAUAGAGUUCCCCUUGAACCCUUGGGAUCGAACUGCUGCUUAUUUUUUUAGGAAACUUAGUUUGUCAAUUUCUACCUUUUAUUUAAUACAUUCUGAAAUUUACAUACCCUUUUGACUUUGCUGCAAAUGCCGGUUUUUCUCAAACUAAGAUUUGGAGAGUAACUUUGAUUAAAAAUAAAAAAGUCAUUUGAAUUGAAUGUAGCAUGUUUACUUCUCAAUGAAUUGUUUCUUGACCAUUUCAGAGGUGUUUUCAAUUGUUAAAUGUAGCAUAUCAAACCUGCUAUAUUUUUGUAUGUUUUAUUUCAUUUUUAGUA